AUGUCAUUAAGAAUAGAAGAAUUCAGACCAUUACAAGAAUGGUUUGAAAAGACAGAUAAAGAUAAAUCAGGGACACUUGAACUAAAUGAGCUUAAAUCAGCUAAAUUUCCUGGAGGAUUAAGACUUGAUGAAGAUACUUGUAGGAAAUUAAUGAAAAUAUUUGAUAUGGACUUAUCUGGAAAUAUUGGAUUUUAUGAAUAUUUAGCAUUAAUGAAAUUUGUUGAUUUGGUAGAUAAAACGUUCAUACAUUUUGAUGCUGAUCAUAGUGGUACAAUGGAUUUAAAUGAAAUGAUGGCUGCACUCCCUCAAUUAGGAUUUGAUAUUACUCGAAAGAAUUGUGAGGCAUUAAUUAGAGCUAAUGCACGUGGGUUAUUUUCUAAAAAGAUCAAACGAAGUCAGUUUGUUGGUUGUGUAAGUUUUCUUGGAUUAAUUCGUUCUAUCUAUCAAAAGACUAUGAACGUGAAGAAUGAUGAUUUUAAAAGAGAAGAUUUCUCUCGAUUUAUGAAUUUGGUUCUUCUAAUCUGUGAUGAACUUUAA